AUGCAAUUGUCCUUCGAGACGGAACUGGAUAUCUGCAAUGCUUUCUAUCUGACAGACUGUCUUGAUGAAACGGCAUCCGAUAAUCAUGAGCCUAUUGGGGAAGUAGUUCAUAAGGCUCCUGGUGAAGAUGAAGCGUUCACUCACCAGCUGAACUCGGAAGCUGAUCCUUCGGUCUUGUACGAUUUCGACGUUGGGCAUUCGUGGGAAAACGCGUCUGCCACUCUGAAAGUCGUUCGUCAAUGCUGA